AUGGAGAGGAUGAUUAUUUUCUGUAUGGUCAUCUUCUGCUCCAGUAUGGUGCUGAUUGCAACUCCUCAAAAAGCAGUAAAAUACAAACAGCUUGUAAAGACAAUCGAGCACUUAGAAACCGUAGUGAAAAAUGAGGAUACUGAACUGCUGCAUACACCAGAAAACCCUGUGGAUGGAUGCCUAUUCACAGCUGUAACCUGCUUCCAGAGAGGAACUUUGCAGUUACAGCCAAAGAACAGCCAAGUAAAUUCUACAUUUAUCAAAACAGUUAAGAUCUUGAGAAGAACCAUCCUGAGAGACUCUGGCAAGCAGUGUGAGUCUUCAUGUGAAUCUUAUGGAAAAAAAGCCCCCAAAGACUUUUUGAAGAGCUUUGCAAAACUGAUGAAAAAGGUAAUUAGAGUUGAUUCCUCUGGAGCCGAAGACUAUGGAAAAUCCACUAUUUAA